AUGUCGUGGCUUUGGAAGGGAGAUGCGAACUCCCCUGCGUCCUUCGAGAAAGCCCUCUCCAAGCUAUCCUCACAAAUCACUGCCGCGAACCUUGCCCUUGACACAAGCCGCAGUCGAGAUCGCCGGAUCAAGGCCCUCUGGACUAUUUACACGUCUGUCACAUACCUCCUCUACACUUUGAUCAUCGUUCUCGUACUUGGGCCACAGAAUUGGUCUAUGUAUCACUAUGCCGGCCUCGUCGGAGCACCAGUCCUCAUUUACGUGAUUCGAAGGUCCGUUGCUGCCUUUUUCAGUUGGAGGAUAAGCCGACAGCAAGCAUACUUGGAGCAUUUGCAGAAGCAACGGGAACAAAAGAUUGCAGAUCUCAAGAAAGCUACAAAGUACGACAGUACUCAAGAGCUACUACAGAAAUACGGAGGUGCUCCACCAACAAAGUCCCCUUCGAAGCAGCCACAACAAGGGUCCAAAAGAAAGGUGAACCAUCUCACAGAACAACGCCCCGUACAGAGGACUGGGAUUGCACCUCCGCCGACGGCAAAUAUUCCCGGAAGACAUACCCCCAACCCACCUCCCCAGCAAAAGCCGAAUAUACAGACGGGCUCUGCGCCUACGUCGCCAACUCACGGCCCACCAUCACUUGCGGGCCCUAUGAUGGCACACAGUCCGGUGGAGAUAACUCCGGACUCUCCAGGUUUCGCUCCAAAUGCCUUCUCAAGCAUGCCGCCUCCUUCCAGCACCACAUAUGAGCAACCGCCGCAUUGGUACGAUCGCAUACUGGAUGUCCUUCUCGGUGAGGAUGAAACCGCUGCCAAGAAUAGAUUGGUGUUGUUAUGUUCCAGGUGUCGCUUGGUCAACGGUCAAGCCCCUCCCGGUGUUAGGACACUAGAGGAAUUAGGGCGCUGGAGAUGCAGUGGCUGCGGUGCUUGGAACGGCGUCGAAAGCGAAGGGGCAAAAGUUGUGAAAGAAGUCACUGCUGCUGCUUCGAAGACGGAGGAUGGGGAUGGCUGGGAGAGCGUGCCACGAGCUGCGGACAUUCGAGAAGAAACCCCUGAAGGCUCACAGGUCGAAGAAAUGGCUGAUAUCAGCAAUCAGGGAACAACAGGCCGAGAAGGGGAUGAUGACGCCGGCCUUACCAAGAGGGUCACCCGGAGUGCCGGCAAGAAAGACUCUCUGGAGUCUUUGCAAUGA